AUGGAUCCUCAAAGGUGAAUCGCUGAAGCUGCACUUAAAAGAGUUCCUAACGCUCUUCAAAAUAAAAAAAUAGUCGAAAGCAAUGUCUAUAUUCAAAAAAGUAAUGCAAGGUCUCUUAUAUCAAUAUUGUAAUAUUAACUCAGACUAUCAGAUUCUAAUUUUACGGACAAGCUCUCCAAAGCCAAAUUUAAUGAAAAUGAUUUCGGAAACCAGCUAAGAGUAUUAUUCAUGCAGAAAACAAUAAAUACCCAAUUCCUUCCAGCAUUCAUAAAUGAAUUCAGCGAAAAUGAAGCUGAAGAAGUUUACCAGUUCAUUGCAAAAGGGCUCAAUGGAAUUCUUCCAGAAAUAGCUGUUGGCAUUACAGAAAAUCAAGUUGACGUAGAACAAAACAUCAAGUCAUUGGCUAAGCAUUCUACUGAUAAAGAUAUCACUGUUUUCAGAUUCCAAAACAUCAUGAAUUUUAAAAAUCCCCAGAAUGUGUGAAGGUUCAUUACAGCUUCUAUAGGCACUAAAAAACUUAAAGGCUUGACUGUGAAAAAAGGAAAUCUCAGCUUUCCUCUUAUAAGAAAUAAAAAUUCAUGAACUUUGCACAAGAUUUUUGACGUAAGUGAGUACUCAAACUGGGAAAGAGCCAUAAUUGGAUGCACUGAGCUUGAAAUGCUUCCUGAAAUGCUGGUUUAUACUGAGUAAUUUUUAUAUAGAUCUCAAGAGCCGCUUGAAGAGUUUAAAGUCACUAAAGACAUUAACGAUAAAAUUAAAUUGCUUCAAUCCUACAUAAAGCAAUGCGAUUACUAUAUCCCAUCUACAAUAAAAUCAGACCUAUCUGGAAAAUUAAAGUUAUUAAAGCAAGUAAGAGAUGCUGUUCUUCAAGCUGAAUCGCAUGAGCAAGUUCGGGAAGAAAAUCUUAGAGAAAGCGAUUUACCUGAUAUAAGUACAUAUCCAAAACAAGUAAAUAUUCCUAAUUCGCAAAAGCAAGCAUUCAAUGAAGAAGGGAAUGAUGACUUGCCUGAUAUUAGCUCUUUUCAUCCAAAAGAUGAGCCUAUAAAACCCAAAGAUACAGAAAAUGUGCCAGUAAAGCAUAUACCUUCACCAUUUAAUCGGGCUCCUCCUCCUCCUCCAAUUUUUGAAAAUAGUUUUACAAUUCCUAAUACAGCCAAAACAGCGAAAAUUGAAGAUUUGCCGCCAAAUAACCCUUCAAAUCCGUUAGAAGUUAUAAAGCCCAAAGAUAUCGAAAAUGUGCCAGCAAAGCAUAUACCUUCGCCAUUUAAUCAGCCUCCUCCAAUUUAUGGAGAUGUUUUUACAAUUCCUAAAGCAGCUAAAACAGCGAAAAUUGAAGAUUUGCCACCAAAUACCCCUUCAAAUCCGUUAGAAGUUAUAAAGCCCAAAGAUACAGAAAAUGUGCCAGCAAAGAGUAUAUCUUCACCAUUUAAUCGGCCUCCUCCUCCUCCAAUUUAUGGAGAUGUUUUUACAAUUCCUAAAGCAGCCAAAACAGCGAAAAUUGAAGAUUUGCUACCAAAUAACCCUUCGAAUCCAUUAGAAGUUAAUAAUCAGCCGGCUCAAGUGGUUAAAAACAGUGAAAAUUAUCAAGACACUGAAAAAAAUACUGUUCUAUCAGCUUUUAAUGAAUUUAGGCCUGUUAAAUUUAUUUCUCCUCAACCUAUGCCGAAUGCCUUUAACAAUCAUAUACAUACGAAACUGAAUCAAGACAUUUCUCCUAUUCCAAGCCAAACUAGACUCUCUGAAAGUGAAGAAUCGCUGCCAAAUAUUGAAGCUCCAUCGGCACAAACUAACAAUCCAGCUGACUUUAAAUCCAACUUUAUCAUUCCUAAACAAAACCCAGCAGCAUAUAAUCCCGAUAAACAAAAGCCAUUUUCCCCUCCAAGAAAAUAUUCAAAUGAUUCAACUCCAGAGAACUCUAUCCCACCUGUGAUUAGACCUCAAAUUAUGCCAAAUUUUUCUAUCCCUAAAACCCAAGCUAAAGACCUUAAUCCCACUAGAGAAUUCCCAGAAAUGCCAGGCCCCUUCCCCUUCCCUAAAGUUCAACCUAAACAACCAAUUCAGAAUUUUGCUCCACUUGCACUCCCAUUCCAAGGGUCAUACCAGCCUCCGCCCCAAAUGCCUUUGCUAAAUAAGCCAGGUGGUUUUCAUAUUCCAGUCAAAAAAGAACAAGAUAGCUUUGACGCUAAAAUUGGUGCUAAAACAGUAGAUUCUGACAGUGGAGAGGAAAGCGAAAAUGGAGAAGAUAGCGAAUGCGAAAUAGAAGAAAGCGAAAGUGAAGAAGAUAACUCUAGUUCAGAGGAAAAUUUAGAUAAUAGUGAAUCAAUUGCUGCGUCUAAAUUGCCAGUCAGGCAAACUCCAUUCAAAAUUGAUCCAUUAGGUGCAACUCCUCUAAAUAAUCCACGUCUAUUUCCAAAGACUCCUAUGGUUCCACAACCACCUAAGCUAAAUCAAGAGCAAUUAAAUAAUAUUCCCCAGAAAUUUGUUCCAAAAGAAAAUCCUCAAAUAAAUCCCCCUAAAAAUGACAAUGCAAAAUUGCUGACCGCUUUCAAAAAUCCAGAAUAUGUUAUUCCACCUCCAACAUUCCCAAAAGCUCCAACUAAUCCUCCUCAAAUUCCUAAGCAUCAAGAUCCUGAAAUCCAAGAUCAUUGGGUCUGCGAGUUCUGCACUUUAAACAAUCCAAUUGAUGUUUAUAUUUGUAUUUGUUGUGCAAAAACAAAUGACAAUCAUAAAGCUAUUUUGCUAAAACCUAAACCUUAG